AUGGCCGUCACCAAAGGCGAAGAAAAGGGCGAAUCGUCCACAACCGCAGCCAAAAAGGUACUGAAGGCCAAUUCCAAUGGAAUUGCAAACUAUGAGUUACCAUGGGUUGAGAAAUACCGACCUGUCUUCCUGGAUGAUAUAGUGGGCAAUACGGAGACGAUCGAGCGAUUGAAAAUUAUUGCAAAGGAUGGGAAUAUGCCGCAUGUGAUUAUCUCUGGUAUGCCGGGUAUUGGGAAGACAACUUCUGUUCUGUGUCUUGCGAGGCAGUUGCUAGGAGAUUCAUAUAAGGAGGCUGUCUUGGAAUUAAAUGCUUCUGAUGAGAGAGGUAUCGAUGUCGUACGGAACCGAAUCAAAGGUUUCGCCCAGAAGAAAGUCACUCUCCCACAAGGCCGACAAAAGCUCGUUAUCCUCGAUGAAGCCGAUAGCAUGACAUCUGGUGCCCAACAAGCUCUUCGAAGAACUAUGGAGAUCUACUCGGCAACCACGAGAUUUGCAUUCGCUUGCAAUCAAUCAAACAAAAUCAUCGAACCUCUCCAGUCCCGUUGUGCGAUCCUACGAUACUCGCGGUUGACAGAUGCACAACUUGUGAAGCGAAUACUACAAAUCAUCGAAGUAGAGAAGGUGGAAUACAGCGAAGACGGUCUAGCAGCUCUCGUCUUCACGGCAGAAGGCGACAUGCGACAAGCAAUCAACAAUCUACAAUCAACAUGGGCAGGCUUUGGAUUUCUCAGCGGCGACAACGUUUUCAGAGUCGUCGAUUCACCACAUCCCAUCAAGGUCCAAGCUAUGCUCAAAGCAUGCUAUGAAGGCAAAGUUGACGCUGCAUUGGAGACUUUGAAGGAGCUGUGGGACUUGGGGUAUUCGAGUCAUGAUAUCAUUAGCACGAUGUUCAAGGUUACAAAGACGAUUCCGACGCUGAGUGAACAUUCGAAGUUGGAGUUUAUCAAGGAGAUUGGGUUUACGCAUAUGAAAAUUCUGGAGGGAGUGCAAACGUUAUUGCAGCUUAGUGGGUGUGUUGCUAGAUUGUCGAAGCUGAAUAUGGAUCCGGCGAAGUUCAAUGCAGCAAAGUAA